AUGGAGUCUGUAGUUACUAAAAAGGAUUCAGAACCUAGCUCUGUUUCUAGUGUAACUGAAAAGAAUAAAAUCAACGAUGUGUCUGACUCUUUUUCCAGGAGAGGCGAGAAAGUAAAGGGAACAGUAGGUACCACGCAGUCGUCCUCAGCGUUCAGCGACGAUACAAAACAGAUUCCUGCAUGGCUAAGGAAGAAGAACGAAGCUCCAGCUGAUAAGUACGACAAGUACGGAACAAGAGAACGCAAUAAACCUGAAGAAACCAUUGACUCUUCCACGAUCGCAUCAUCUGCUGGAACUGGUUCUGGUUUUAGUGAUGAUAGGUACUCAAAGUAUAUUUCCAGAGACCAAAGCUCUAAUGGAAAUCCAAGGAUCAAAAGGACCGAAGAAAGCAGAGUGAAAAGAAGAAGAGGUAGCGACUCUGAUAAUGAGCUGCUGCUGCUUUAUGUAAGUCGUAGAAGAGAAUAUGGGGCUCCCACCGUAGAAGAAGAGACUACAGUGAUUGCAUCUUACGCUAAACCCGUGACAUCCAAUAUUCCAUCAACAAACCAGUAUAAGCAAUUCCGUAGUCAUAUAGAAAACAGGCAUGAAAAGGACAUAAAUAGUAUUGUGAGAAGCCAUUAUAACCAAAAGACUUACCACUCUAGAAGUGUCGGAUCAAGAGCAAAGUCUCCAAUAUAUAAGUUGAGAAACUUCAACAAUACCAUAAAGUAUAUAUUAUUAGGAAAUUUUGUUAAAAAGAAUCCCGACUCAACCAAGCCAACUACGAUUUUGGACUUGUGCUGUGGUAAGGGUGGGGACUUGAACAAAGUUGCAUUUGUGGGUGCAAAUCAAUUAAUUGGGAUUGAUAUUUCCGAUGCUAGUAUAACGGAAGCCUUCAAAAGAUAUAGCGAAAACAAAGCCAGAUUCAUUCCAAAUCAUAAUUCAAGAGGUGCUAGAGAUUCAAGAAAGUAUGAUUUCGAAGCAUGCUUCGCUACUGGUGAUUGUUUCACUGCAAGUAUACCUGACAUUUUGGAGCCUAACUUUCCAGGAAUCAUUAAUAAUUUGUUUCCUGUAGAUUGUGUCUCAGUGCAGUUUGCAUUACAUUAUGCCUUUGAAACGGAGGAAAAGGUGAAGACUUUAUUAAAUAAUGUUUCAAAGUCUUUAAGACCUGGUGGAGUUUUCAUUGGAACAAUUCCUCUGUCAGAUUUCAUUAAAGAGAAGAUUGUAAAGAAGGAGUAUAAGGAUUCUAAAUUUGGUAACGAUCUAUACUCGGUCACUUUCCACAAAGAACCUCCUGUCGACGGGGUGUUCCGUCCUCCAUUUGGAAAUGGAUAUAACUUCAGUCUCACAGAUGCAAUUGAUGAUGUACCUGAGUAUGUCGUUCCAUUUGAAGUAUUAAGGCUGAUGUGUGAAGACUAUGGACUUAUUUUGAAAUAUAAGAAGAACUUCGUUGAUUUGUUUAAUCAGGAAAUUCCAAAGUAUUUUGGUAGGUUAAAUAAAAAUUUGAUAGAGGGAAUGAAGAGAUCAGAUGGAAAAUAUGGAGCAGAAGGAUCUGAGAAAGAAGCUGUCGCUUUCUAUUUGGGAUUUGUGUUCGAAAAGGUUGGUGCUUAG